AACCUACCAUUCUUUAAGGCGGGAACAAGCAGGAGUCAAGACAAGGGGACGAGCUCUUGUGCCUGCGUAGAAGUCAUUGACAUGGAAUCGGAAGCUCAAAUUCCAGAAUGGGCAUCAACACCUUGCAUGAUGGGGAUCGACGAAGCUGGUCGCGGCCCUGUUUUAGGACCGAUGGUUUAUGGAUGCCUUUAUUGUCCGGUUUCAUACAAGGAAACUCUUUCCACUUUGGAAUUUGCAGAUUCAAAAACUUUGAAAGAAGAGAAAAGAGAGGAGCUGUUUGAAAGUUUGAAGACUGAUAAAACAAUUGGUUGGGCUGUUGAUGUCAUAGAUCCUAAAGAGCUUUCGGCUAAAAUGUUGCAAAAAAAUAAGAUCAACCUCAACGAGAUAUCACAUGAGUCUGCCAUGGGCCUUGUUAAAAGGGUGCUGGACAUGGGUUAUCUUCUAACCGAGGUUUAUGUUGAUACAGUAGGAGAUCCUGAAAAGUAUACAGUUAAGCUCUCUGCAAGAUUCCCAUCUGUUAAAUUUGUGGUUGCAAAGAAAGCUGAUAGUCUGUAUCCAGUUGUUAGUGGAGCAAGUAUAGUUGCCAAGGUGACAAGGGACCGAGCAUUGAGAAAUUGGGUCUUUGAUGAAACUGCUGAAAACAUGCAUAGGGAGUUUGGAUCUGGGUAUCCUGGAGAUCCUGCAACUAAAGAUUGGUUAGAACAUCACAAACAUCCUGUUUUUGGGUUCCCAUCAUUGGUUCGGUUCAGUUGGGGCACAUGUAAUUCCUACCUCAAAGAUGGAGUCGAAGUGUUAUGGGAAGCAGAUAAAGAAGAUGAAGAUGAGUCCUCAAGUAAAUCGGGAAAGCGGCAAAUGAAGCUGAGUAAUUUAGGUUUCACUGGAAUGAAGAGGAAAAGUGAAGAUAUUGAAUCAAGUGGAAAAGGUCGUUGCAAGUUUUUUGAAUCACGCAAACUUGAACGGGUCACUCGUUUCUAAAUUCUAACAACAAACUUCAUGCAUUGUUGUGUAAUAUGGAUCUUAUCAUUUCAAACGUCAUCUCUCAAAAAUUGUUUUGAAUCUGUGUUUAUGUCGUGAUUUGUGUUCUGAAACUGUAAAUGCGUGACAAAAAUUGGAUAUAAAGGUAAUAAUUAGUUUUA